AUGCUUGGGAAGAUCGUGUCGAUUGAUCGAUCCCUCAACAGGGAUGCCUCCCGUGUAGUAAGUAACGCGAACAGCAAAACGUUUAGGGGAGCAGCCCGUUGAUUUACCUUCAUGAUGUCAACCAACCGCCCAUUCAGCCUCAGAGAUGCGGACAACGAACGGGUGGGCCGACCCGAACUGUGCUCGAGACAAAUCGGCCUCGAGCUCGCGACACCCGAAGCGGUCGUUGUGGAAGCUCUGCAACGAAUACGGGACCCCAGUUUUCUCAACAAAUGGCUGCAGCAUGCAGAAUAGCUACGGAUUCGAGUAAGUAGCUUUAUGAACUGUGCUCUUGGUGUGGGAUUGUUGAGGAGCUAAUGGAAAACUACCAAGCAGCAAUUCCCUUCAACACGUCCUCUUUGAAUGACAACCCUCGAGUUGUUUUUCUUCACCAUCAGCUGGUGACACUGCAUGCGUGAGUUAUGACUUGACAUGCCUGUGCAGUCUUAGGCAUGACGGAAACUGAUAUGAAAAACAGACAUUGGACGUCAGUGACAGGAGGUGACCGCUCAAACGUUCUACAGCGCGGAUUCGGUCGAAAACGAAGACGAACCACUGUUCUCGAUCGAGUACCUUCAGAGUCUCAACAUCGCCGGGAUGGCGUUGCACGCUGCAAAAUUCAAAGUGGGAUGUCCCGUCAUGCUCCUCAGAAACUUGGACCCCGCCGCGGGGCUGUGCAACGGCACAAGACUGUUGUCAACUCGGUUACACACCCGCGUGCUCGAGGCCAUCAUUCUCAUAGGAAAUUAUGCUGGACAGCCAGUUUUGUUGCCACGGAUCACGCUGAAGACAGGGUCAUCAGCUGAGCUUCCGUUCACUCUGCAUCGGACGCAGUUUCCGAUUCGGCUGGCAAUGGCUAUGACGUUCAACAAGUUGCAAGGGCCGUCACUCGCGCAGGUAGGAGUGUGUCUGGAGACGCCCGUCUUUUCUCACGGCCAAGUUGUAUGUCGCGUUGUCCCGAGCAACGAAUAUGGACGGUGUCAGGUUAUCUCAAAGCUCCAUAGUGAAGCUCCGCCAAAUAGCAGAUGAGGGAUGUCGGGAGGCAGCCGUGAAAAGGUCCACACUCGACGCGGGUCUCGACGACGGUCUGAGCCCAUCAUGGGGCUCCCAGAGAACAAAAAAGUAGUUCAGUGAUGGAAUGAAGGCUCUGUACAUUUGAUCGUCUUGCAACGGGUCAACGGUUACGGUGGGAGGUGGCGCGCGGAGCGCGCCGCCGAACCUAGUUAGUCUUGGUUAAUUCUUUAUUCUGCGCGCGCGCCUAUCUUUGUCUUUGCGUCUUUUUUUCCUUCUGGGUUUCUUCUCCACGCUAUUCUUCAUCUCACUCGUGUAUCUCGGAGCUGAGUCGUGGAGUACCUCUUAGUCCUUGUUGUAAUAGUACCCAUCCAUUACCUGCUCUGGUGACUGCCCGAGAAGACCGAUAAACUUCGCUUAAGUCUCUGAUCUUCUACUAAGACGACUUUGCAUUCGAUCGAACAAAUGUUGGCAAGUGAGUGUGGAUUGAUCUAGUCUUUGGAUUCCUAAUUCUGGUCUCGAGGCCGACUUCAACAUGACCGGAACAUACGACUACAACAUCUUUUUUGAGCUCGAUCUACUUGGCUUCGUGAUAUCAGUCUCCCCUCCAACUACGUGUGCAAGAUCGUCGGACCGGCCAUGUUCCUCCCCAUCCUGUCACUCCUUUUCGGCGUGUUUUCCCUGGCCAUGGCCUUUGUCCAGACCUUCCCCGCUGCCAGUGUCGCGAUGCGUUUCCUCAAGUUGGAGUGGCUAAGUAGGCUGCUUUCCAGAUCAGUCCACCGAAGGAUUGGAAGCUCUUGGGAGAGGUUGCUGAACGGAUUCUUCAUCUGAUGGUAUCGCGUACUAUCUCUCGCGAUGGUACCGCAAGGACUCAUGGGCCGGGCUUCCGCCUGGCCAUGCCAGUGUACGUCGUAUGCACCCCUCUCGCGGGCGCGUGUGGAGGACUUCUCGCCUCGGGCUUGUUGCGAGUUCCGAGUUUUGGCCCGAUCCAUACAUGGAGGAUGAGUGAGUUUCAACACCGGCCGAGCACUCUCUUUAAUCGCGUCGAGCUAAUUCCGUGGUUGACGCCUUUCCGAUAGUCUUCUUUGCGGUACGCCAACAAAAGACCUGGCUCAACAGAGCAGAGCCGUCGAUGUACAAGCUGAUGCGCUUUGGAUGCGCUUUGUUUCGCCUGAGACUCGCAGGAAGGCCUCCUGACCAUCAUAAUCGCUGCGGAAUCUUUCUUCUUUCUCGCUGAUCGACCCGAGACGGCCAAGGUCAGUGAACUUGUACCAGGCAACCAUCAGCACGGUGGAUACACAACUGAUACCUACUCGGUCGGUCGUGCAGUGGUUGAGUGCGGAGGAAAAAGCGCUCUGCGCCGCUCGGACCAAGAGCGAAAACGUCGGGGCACUGGUCGUGGUCGAUGAGCUAAAAAGCAGAGUCUUCUUCGAGGGGAUGUUCAACUUGAUACGUUGCGAAAGGACUCUCAACCCACGCUGGCCGAAUGUCUCAUAUUUUUCACGAGCUGAAGCCGAGGAACGAAGUACGUAAGUACGAGAGCCGAUGAUGAUAGUAAAGAUCGUUCAAAGGUAUUGCACAUUAACUAACCUGAAGCCGAGGAACGAAGUACGUAAGUACGAGAGCCGAUGAUGAUAGUAAAGAUAGUUGGAGAAAGAAGAUAAGCGCUAAGGGAGCGCGCGCGAGGCUGGCUCGAGACGCGCGGGGCGUCUAAUAUCAACAACUAGUAACUAAUCAUAAUCGGGAAUACCAGUGGGAUGAAACAGCAAUUUAUUGACAAUAUUGUCGUCUUUUGGGGCUACAGCUUCAAUUAUCGGAGGAUUCCUCUUCAUGUUCGACAACCUCAUCGUUCAAGGGCUCGGGUUUUAUCUUCCUUCGAUCGUCAAAGAGAUCUUUCCCGAGAUGUCGACCGUGGGUCAUCAAAUUCGAACGGUGCCACCUUAUCUGGUGGGAGUUGCGACCGCGAUCCUCUUGCCUUACCUUUCAUGGAAGACAAAGAAGCGAGCGCUGUGGAUGUCCUUGACGAUUCCUGUGAUGAUCACCGGUGAGUGCCAGUGUGUAUCAUGAUAGGAACAGUGCAAGAUGGCGUCACUGAAGAGGAAUUAUUUGAUGGGAUAGGUUACGCACUCUUCGUCGUCAGCGACAACGCCUCAAUCCGCUACGGCGCAUGCUUCCUCAUCGCCUCGGGCUGUUUCGCCCUCGUCAGCAGUUGCAACACGUGGUCCGCGAUCAAUACGACCUCCGAUACAGCACGAGCAGAAGCGAUUGCCAUGACGGUACUUGGCGGUAACCUGGAUGGUCUCUUAUUGACAUGGACGUAUCUUCCUCAGUGAGUCCCAACAUCAGCACCCGACUCCUUUGCCUCGCCGACCCGCCGCUGCUGAUCACCGCUGCUCAUCCAGCGUCGAACAACCGCACAGAUACGUCCCUCAUCAGCUCCCCGGCAAUAUCAUGAAUCUAGGCGCAUCGUGCCUGCUGUUGAUCUUCACCAUCGUAUCGUGGGGAUGGCAACAUCGCCAAAACGUCUCACGUGACAGGGGUCACAUGGACCACGUUCUGGACGGGAAAUUGCCGGAGGAGAACUCCAGGUUGGGCACGCGGCACCCCGGGUUCAGGUAA